AUGUUUGCGGAUCACCAGCACUCUGGAACUUCGCACACAGACACACGCGCGUGUCGCACCCAUCACAUGCGACUGGUCUGCCUCGUCCUUCUACUGCUCCUUCACGCCGAAUUUGCGAGCUGCCGGGUCGUUUCCACCAGACCAAAUGUCACUGAGGCUUCACCGCUGACCAAGAAGCCGCCUCCUCAACUCUCCUUGGAGGAACACCUCUUCGACUGUAGAGUAAAGUGCCGUGACGAGAUAUGGAACCCUGUAUGCCACGCGAACACCACGUACGCGAACGACUGCUGGGUUAACUGCACCGCCGGCAUUCGCGACGUGAACACGGGCGCGAUCACAGAGGAAGGCAGUUGCAAUAGGCGACAAGAAGAUCCGGAGUUCCGGUUCAGAAAACCACACUCAGUUCGCCCGAUGGAGACCCGCAUGUGGCGAAGACGGCAUUACAUACACCACUGCGUGUUUCGCUUCGUGUUCAGGGGUUAG